CAGAUGUCCACGGUCCGGUCUCCGUGUCCACGGGCGUUAUAAACAGUGAAGGUUAAUUAGUUAGCAGAGAAAUUGGAUCAGGGGCGGGCAGUUAGAACUUGAUCCACAGACAGGUAACUCAAGCAAUCCCCAUUGUCACUGCAAUCAGACCUAUAUAAAUCCGCCUUGACAGACAAGCAGUCACCACACACAGCCUUACCUUUCUGCUGGAUCACCAACCGGACGAGAACCCCCCCACAACACGGAAUAAAAUGUCGCUCUCAUCUAUCCUUUCCGCUGAGGCCAUCGACAGUGCUAUCAAGGACUGCCAAGCGCCAGACUCCUUCUGCCCAAAAAAGUUUUUCCAGUUGUGCGGCCUCAACAAGAAGAGCCCCCAGGAUGUGAAGAAGGUUUUUGGGAUCAUAGACAACGAUGCCAGCGGAUUUGUUGAGGAGGAAGAGCUCAAGUUUGUCCUCCAGAGGUUUUCCCCCGGGGCUCGCAUUCUGACGGACAAGGAGACCAAGGCUUUCCUGUGUGCUGCUGAUGGCGACAGCGAUGGGCGGAUCGGAGCAAACGAGUUUCAGGCCCUGGUCUUGUCCUAAACGACUCGACUCCAUCGUCUCUUCAUCUCAAUCUGACCCCGUCCUUCUCCCUGUUCCACAGCUUCAAGGGCUCUUCUAGAUUUAGUCGAUCACAUUCCACUUUCUGGUUAGAUCAAACAUUUAAUUUGUCAGACUCGCUCAGUUCCACAGACAAACACACUCUCAUCAUGUUUGUUGUGCUUUUUUUUUUUUUUUUACUUUUCGGUUUUUCGACCGAUCGUAAAGCUGUAUUUCCCAAAUAAAUGUACACUAAAUUUACCAAAUUACUGAGAAAUAAAAGAAUAAAAUCCAA